GCACCCCAGAGCGGCGGUGGGUGGGAGAAGCAGCGCUCGGCGAGGGGAGGGGGCGGCGGGGCCGCGCCGGCCCCUCGGUCCGCGGCAGGAGGAGGAGAUACCCCGAGCGGCAGCCCAAUGGGAAUAGUGGCGCUUCCCCUUCUCCCGUUUCCUCUCUCCACCCCCAGCCCCAGGCCGGGGAGGCGGGAGGCGGCAGCGCUGCAGCCCGGCCGCCGGCGGGGCACGGGGCCAGAGGCAGCCCCGCUCGGCCCCUUCUCCGCCUCCGCAGAAGCACCUGCGGGGGAGAAGGAUGCCGGGAGGUGGCCGCCCCCCUCCGCGGGAGCGCGGGCUGGCUCCGGAGCCGCCCCAGCGAGAAGGAGGAGGAGGAAGAGGAGAGGAAGAGAAAGGAGCAGGAGGGAAGUGGGGAAGUUGUGCCUUGCCCGCCCCGCCGAGAGCCGGAGCCAUGGGCCCCGCCGGGGGGGCGCGGGCCGCCCCCUCGCUGCUGCUCUCGCUGCUGCUCGGAGCCUCGGCCCCGCUCUGGCUGCGGGCGGAGACGCUGGGGGAUGGAUGUGGGCACACAGUGAUGUACCAAGACAGUGGGACACUGGCAUCCAAGAACUAUCCUGGGACAUACCCAAACUACACUCUUUGUGAAAAGAAAAUCCAAGUGCCUCCGGGAAAACGCCUGAUCUUGAAAAUUGGAGACCUGGAUAUAGAAUCACAGAAAUGCGAGUCCAGCUACCUUACCAUCCAGAGCUCUUCAACAUUGCACGGGCCGUACUGUGGUAAUGUGAUGCCUGUCCCCAAAGAAAUCAUUCUAGAUAGCAAUGAGGCAACUAUUCACUUUGAGAGUGGAUCCCACGUGUCGGGACGAGGCUUUCUGUUGUCCUAUGCCAGCAGUGAUCAUCCAGAUCUAAUCACCUGUUUGGAACGAGCAAACCACUACACAAAGGCUGAAUUCAGUAGAUACUGUCCUGCUGGCUGCAGAGACAUAGCAGGUGACAUUUCUGGGAAUAUUGGAGAAGGAUACAGAGAUACGUCUCUGCUGUGCAAAUCCGCGAUCCAUGCUGGCGUGGUGGCAGACGAGCUGGGCGGCCAGAUCAGCGUCACCCUGCACAAGGGCAUCAGCCGCUACGAGGGCGCCGUCGCCAAUGGUGUUCCCUCACUCGAUGGUUCUCUCUCAGAUAAGCGGUUUACAUUUACUUCAAAUGGCUGCAACAAAUCUCUCAGCCUGGAAGAGGGAUUCCUCUCCAAGAGCCAGGUUACUGCAUCUUCCUACUGGGAGGAGACCAAUGAGUUUGGGCAACUACUCCUGUGGUCCCCAGACAAGGCUUGGCUACAAGUCCCGGGAUGGUCUUGGGCCUCUAACCACAGCAGCAACCGUGAAUGGCUGGAGAUAGACCUGGGAGAGAAGAAGAGAAUAACAGGGAUUAAGACCACUGGUUCUGGAUCCAUGAAUUUUAACUUUUAUGUGAAGACAUUUACAAUGAACUAUAAAAAUAACAACUCAAAAUGGAGAACUUACAAAGGGAUUCUGAGCAACGAAGAAAAGGUAUUCCAAGGCAACUCCAACUCCGGUGACAUAGUGCGCAAUAACUUCAUCCCUCCAAUAGUGGCUCGCUAUGUGCGGAUUAUCCCUCAAACCUGGAACCAAAGAAUAGCACUGAAGCUGGAGCUGAUGGGCUGUAGAAUAAUGCCAGCUAACAGUUCGUUCACGCACUCAAUGUGGCAGAAACCGAGUCAGAGCACAGAAACCUCCCUUGGAAAAGAAGACAGGACUGUUACAGAGCCCAUCCCCUCCGAAGAAACUAACUUGGGUUUAAAGCUUACAGCUAUAAUUGUCCCCAUCCUCAUCGUGCUGUUUCUGUUUUUGUUCUCUGGAAUUUGUAUCUGCGCAGCCCUACGCAAGCGAGAAGCCAAAGGACUUUCUUAUGGAUUAUCCAGUACUCAGAAAUCAGGUUGUUGGAAACAAAUCAAGCAGCCCUUCACCAGACAUCAGUCAACUGAAUUUACCAUCAGCUAUAACAACGAGAAAGAGACACCACAAAAGCUGGAUCUCGUCACCAGUGACAUGGCAGAUUAUCAGCAGCCUCUCAUGAUUGGGACUGGGACAGUAACACGUAAAGGAUCUACUUUUCGCCCCAUGGACACCAAAGAGGAGGGAAGAAGGGGGAGUUCUGAGUUUGAAAAUCACUAUCACUGCCCUCACAGAGCUAACAGGCACGAAUAUGCUCUGCCCCUGACCAGUCAAGAGCCCGAGUACGCCACCCCCAUCAUAGAGCGGCACAUAGCAAGAGAAAGUAAUUUCCCCUCUGAGAAUGGCUACAACGUUCCUGUCGCCUCCUCUCAGAUACAUUCCCUUACUGCUGGCAGCUUCUCCAGUUCAUGUAAAACCGACACCAGGAACGGAGACUAUCAGACACCCCAGAGUGUCAUAAACUACGACAAACCCAAAAUUAAUGGUGUUCUGACCUCGGUGAGCUACAGCACAGACUACCAGAAGCCCCAGCAAACUGCUCUCGGGGGCGAGGGUUACUCCACACCCAGAGACUGCCUAAAGCCCAUAAGCCAGACAGCAAUGACAGCUCUCUUGUGAUUUGCCGAGCAGGAGCGGCACGGUGCGCAGGAACGUCACUGCACAGCUUUCUGAAGUGAAAACAGAGUUUGGAGGGACUCUGCUGUGGGAGGCAGAAGGCAAACAAGCCCUGUGUACAUAAUAUUGCUGUCUUGCUGGGUUCUGACAUCUGAAGAAAGCAUAUGCUGUUUAUCACUGUUUAUAGCAAGAGAGAUGUUAUCAGUGAAGACUGUACAUCUUAUUUUCUGUAACUGAUCUCAGUGCUCCAUUUGCAAUGUGUGCAAUUUGUACAUAGCUUUUAUUUAAGGAGAAUUUCUUAGGUUUCCUUUUCACCUGGGGGUUUGAAAGGAUUGCAGGAAUGCCUAUUUAAGAAAAACAGUCCUCUUUUUCUGUCUUUAUCUUACCUGCUGCUGUGCUGGCAGCUGUAAAUGGUGUAUCUUACAGUUGUGUUGAUUCAUCUCCUUUCCUAUGAUAACUGAAGAUAGGGCUGUAAUUCUGACUGGGAGGAUAGAAGUUAAACUACUUGCUGCAUAAUGUGCACGAGAGAAGGCAGCUGAGUAUUUAAAUACUGUGCUCAAACACAACUUCCCAGAUGCUUUUUUAGCAGCAAUUCUCACAUGCUUGAAUUUGAUCUAGCGUACAAGCUGAGCCCAUGAAACUUGCAAUUCAUGUUAGAAAACAGGUAUAAAGGCUGAAACUGGUUUUGGGUUCAAGCCAUGGUUUUCACUCCACAAGAGAAAAAAAAACCCAGCAAACCUAAACCAGAAAAACAAAUGAAACAAAACAACAUAUCUGAUACCAGUUAACCUGGGGAAGUUAUUUUAUUUAUUUUUUUUUUAUUUAGGAAGUGUGUGUGUAACCAAAAUGUGAAUUUACAACUGAUAAUUCAAUGCUGUUCAAGCCCACGUUGAUUCUUUUGCUGCUAAACUAUAAGGAAAUUUGUUCCUUGGCACAAAGCAGCAAACUUCCCAAACUCUUCAUUUCUCCACUAGGUAUUUUUCUGUCUUACAAAUUUAGUGUAACAUUUCUGCUAGAAGUAUUUUAGCUACCUAAAACACAGUGCGUGUAUGGGUUACUGUUGCAGUUAAAUCUGCAAGACUAGCAAGAUCAGCACUGUUGUUUUCAAAUAGUUUUUCUUUUGCAGCUAAUGUUUCCUUUAGUUCUGUUUUCAGACAAACUUGAAAAAGCUUGGGGUUGGGUGCAAUGUGUCGCACAGUAGCUGGCUCCUCUUCCAGCAGGGGCAGCUUUGGAGCAGAACAGCUUCUGGUCAUGACUGGGACCGUCCACUGCCCUCCUACCUCCAGUGUUUGGGGCAUUUCUUUGAAUUCAAAAGCUUGUCCUAAAAUGUUAAGAAGCUAUAUACUUCUGUGAAGAAAGAAUGGUGCUAUACUUAAGGCACAAGGUUGGGAAGCGAGACCAGUGAAACCUGAGCUCUGGGAAAGUCGCUCUUUGAAGGCCCUCCCUUUAUUUCCUUGUACAUAAACGGGAUGAUUUGCAAAGGAUGCAACGAAGAUUGAUCAGUCUGUUCGCAGAGUGCUUUCAGAUCUCUGGGUGGAAAGUGCUCUCAGAGGACAGAGUGGUUGCAGUGGUGCUGCUCACAAAUACUGCUAACUCCAGCCAGACCUGAACUUAAGGCAAGCUCUGAGUGGGUUCUUUGCAUACCCUUGUUUUGCGGCCUCAGGUGGUGGCAUUCCCCCGUGCUGCCGCACCGUGCAUGCGAUUCCCAUGCAAAGAAGAAAGAGUCAAGGUAACCUCGUAGCCUUCCUGUGUUUGCUGUCAAUACAGUUUCUGUGAAAUGUCUAAAACACCUCAGGUGCCGAAGUAAAACAGCAGCAGCCUGUUUGUUAGACCGAGCUGGGCGGUGUUGUUUACCUUCUGUUGUUUACAUGUCUGUGUAAAUAAAGAA